AAAUUCCAGUGUUUUGCUGAAAGCAGCCAGUUCCAUUUGAUUUGGUAUUACUGUUGUAUCUGACAAUUAGUUCUAAUCAAAUGAAUCAAGCUAAUCAAUUAGAUUUUAGGCUCAACAGCUUCUCUCUGAGCAGGUCCUCCUGGCGUCCCUCAUCUUUCAGGUAACUAGCUCACCUUUGGUCUCCAAGGCAACAGUCGCUCACCUUGCACGGCAUCAGGGGACAGUCUGCGAAAGCGGCCUGCUCAUGAGAUCGAUCCAGAAGAUGAGGCUAAAAGCAAGCCAGCCCCCCCUAAAAUGUUUAAAUCGGGGUUUAGCAUGACUGCGAAGAAGCCUACGUCCAUCUCUAUCAAGCUUGGAGCAAGUAAACCUAAAGAACCCGCACCUGCCUUACCUGCCAAGAAAGCUGGACUUGCAUCUGUUUUUAACGAGGAUGAUGAUAGCGAGCCUGAAGAAAUGCCACCUGAAGCAAAGAUGAGGAUGAAGAAUAUUGGCAGAGAAACGCCCACAUCAGCUGGACCCAAUUCCUUCAACAAAGGAAAGCAGGGAUUCUCAGACCAUCAGAAACUUUGGGAGAGGAAGCUCAAAUCCCACACAGACAAGUAGUGUCUGGCUUCUUCCAAUAGCUUGCUUUUUGGCACAGAGAUAUUUGUCCUAUCUGUCUUUGUUUGACAAACAUUGUACAAAUGUAAAUAUGUAAUGAAUGUUUAUGCUAUCAAGCAUCUUUUUAUUGUAGCUAUUUAGUUGUAUUAUUUAACCAUGCUGUGGUUAAAAAUGCCUUCCUGUGUAAGGUGCAAAUCACAACAGAGAAAAUGAGCAUAAUCGUUAUUGCUGUACAAUGGUAUGUGCCGCACCGCCCCCUGUUAUCAUUUGCCUAUAGUUUAGUUGUUCUCCAGAGAAGGAAUGUAGUGGUCCAGUCAUUUAGGUUUAAGUUUCAUUCAUAGUAAUGAAAGAAGACUGUAGUUUAUUAAGUCACUAAUAAAGGAGAGAUGUAGUGUGA